CUGCAUAAGUCACUGCUACACAGCUUCAGGUCCAACUUUGCACAGUUUCCGCAAUCCUUGCUCGUUUUCAAUCCUUACACACAAGUCAUAACAAUGGUCGCGCCGUGGCAAGAAACGCAGUAUAGAGUCGUGGUGGAGUUCAAGAAAGGCGGCUCUGGUGUAAAGCGAGAGAUCACAAUGGACCACAGGCCAGACGUCCUCCCGCCACAGCUGCAUGGGCGGGUGACGCCGCAGGAGUGGAGCGUGUUCAUGACGGAGGUCGCCCAGCUGGUCUAUAGCCACCCUUACACACAGGCACCCAGUGCCGAGUACUGCUGCAACUUCGCCGCAAACAUGGCCUGUCUGCUGGCCAUCGGCUUCGGUUGCUUCCAGGGCGACAGUGGCAACUACGGCCCCUGGCUGGCGCAGCUGCAGCAGAUACUGGACCGGCACGCGGCGGCGUUCGCGGCGGGCGGCGCCAGCCUACGGAUAAACCACGUGCACGGCAGCUACUGGGUGGAGAUUAACGUGGACCCCACUUUCAUGGCCGUGGGGGCGCCGGUGCCUGCCGGUGUGCCCGUGUACUACCCGCCGCCCGGCGCCGCCCCCGCGGGGUACCCACAGCCCGGCGGCCCGCCGCCGCCCGGCUACCCCACCAAGGCGUAGCGGCCGCCAGCUGGAGCUGGAGGAGAAGAACAGAGUGGUGUGUGAAAUGAGGAUGCAUGGAGGACGCAUUGUGACUGUAUUCAAUAGGCAUGGGCAGCCCGGGACAAAUACGCUUGCGGGCCAAGAACUGUGUCAGAGCACCAUACGAUAUUUUACCAGUAGCAUGAGCAUCUGUUUGACAAUUGCAUUGGCGGAAUGUUGGACUAAUCUGCUCAGGAUCCAGCAGUACGUCAUGUUCGCUUGUGUUGCGUUGCUUCAAGCACGUCGAUAGCAGGAGUUAUGGAACAUCUGUUUAUACCGUUUGUUUGGCCCGUGCGGUCUUAACUUAGUUUGACGAAGGAAUGAAUAGGUUGAAAGCGAUUUGCCCAGACCCAGUGGCUGCUCUUGUGUCCAGACGACACUGCAUGGUAUCGAGACGCAUACGAUGCAUCCACCCACACCACCCAACAAUAGCUGCUGGUCGUGUUCAUAGUCGUACAGAGCCGGGCGCCAAGGACACACGCGAUGAGGGUUCGAGGUUUAGUGUGGUCAUGAAUUUGAUGCAUGCCGGUCGCCUGAUGUACAUUCACAGUUCGUGCGACGGGAAGAGCCACGGAUACCCUCGGCCCGCCGUCGGUCAGUGACAUGCGCUGGCGAACAUCUGUAACACACCGUAAGU